AUGACUGAAAUAACAGAAAAGGAAAACGACCCCCAGCACAACUCGGAUUCUUCACAGCAGACUCCGGGCACCGUGUCCAGCCUCCAGGAAACGAAGCUGCAACGCUUCAAGCGCUCUCUCUCACUCAAGACCAUCCUGCGGAGCAAGAGUGUCGAGAACUUCUUCCUGCGCUCCAACAGUGAGUUCAAGCUUCCUUCAGAUGUGCUGCUCAGCCCCCCAGAUUCUGUGCCACCCCCAUCUCCACCACCAGCUCCCACCGAAGCGGAACACUCUCCCAGAGUGACUCACAAGCCUCUGGCACCUCUCAAGCCCAUGAAAACACACAGCUUCCAGGAGCACAUAUUCAAGAAACACAAUCCUUGUGAGAUCUGCCAUCAGCUUAUUGUAGGAAAUUCCAAGCAAGGCCUGCGAUGCAAGACAUGCAAAGUUAGCGUGCAUUUGUGGUGUUCGGAGGAAGUUUCUCAUCAGCAGUGUCCAGGCAAGACACAGGCAACCUCUUUCCGACGUAAUCUCAGCUCCCCAAUGCUGGUGCAUGAACCACAACCACAGCCAGCAACCACCAAGGAGUCUCCCCCUGCAGCAGGCCCCAGUGGAAAGGUGGAUCCCAUCUAUGAGACUUUGCGCUAUGGCACUUCACUGGCCUACAUGAAUCGCUCCAGUUUCAGCAGCACUUCGGAGUCCCCUACCAAGAGUCUGAAUGAGAAAGAUGAAGUGGCUGAGGAUACAGAAGGUGGUGGGCAAACAGCAGAGGAAACCCAGGUCGAUAAUGUUUUCCCAGUGCCAGCAGAAGGCGAGGGCACCGCCUCAGAGGAAAAGAGCCCAGGACAGCAGUCUGCUCGGGGCUCUGCACGCAAGGAGAUCUCGCCCAUGUACUCCUAUGUCGCUCUCUACAAGUUCCUGCCUCAGGAGAACAACGAUCUACCCCUGAAGCCUGGAGAUCGAAUCAUGCUGUUGGAUGAUUCCAAUGAGGACUGGUGGAAGGGGAAGAUGGGUGACCGCAUGGGCUUCUUCCCUGCCAAUUUUGUGCAGCGGGUUCGUCCAGGUGAAACAGUUUGGAGAUGCUGCAAGACUUUCUAUGGCAAUAAGGAACAGGGGCAGUUAAGCCUUAAAGAAAACCAGAUCUGUGUUGGUGUGGGGAAGACCAAGGAGAACGAGGGUUUCAUCAAGGUGACAAGUGGCAAGAAGCGAGGGCUCGUGCCCACUGACACUCUAACAGAAAUCUGAACUCAAAAUGAGUGUGCAACGCAAGAUUGGAAAGUAUAAAGAGAUGUCCAACAGCAAGGCUAGGGUAGCCCUGCCUUACUCCAGCCCAUCCCAUACCUGAGCACCUGGCUAAUCACUAUUUCAUGGAGUCUUCUAGAUGGACUGAGGAUGGCUUUGGUCUGGGGACAGAAGAAGGUUGGGGGAGAUUGGCUUGAGAACCACUUUCCCAGUGCUCCUUCUUGUAUACUGUUGGAAUGGAAAUUCAAUCCAGUCUGAUUUGGUUUUCCACCAUGUCCUCUGCAGUUUUUUUUAAAGGUCGUCGCUGACAGCUCGAUGACAAAGAGUGUGAGGGAGAUUUCCAAAGCUGUAAUUCACACCCUUUUUCUGAUAUUUGGGUCACACUUCCAUGGCUACAGAUGCUGGUUGAUAUCAACUAGCCUUACCCUACAGGGCUCUUUGUCUCUUGGCAUAAUGCUCCCCGCUCCCCCGUUCAGAAAUUUCCUAAUAAUAAGUCAGUGUUGCAUGCAUACCACACGUAGAAACACAAAGCCCUUCUCUAAGCAAGGGGGCCAGAUAGAUGUGUUGUGUCCGUCUGUCCAUGUGUUAGUUUUAAACCUUCAGGGCGCUCUCUAUGUAUGUGUGUGUGGCUGUUGCUCAGGGUUCGUACAGCCCCCUGUCAAAAAGAACAAAAGGCAGGACAAUCUGUGUGGUCAUGUACUAAGGAAUCUCACCAUGGAGCUGUUCAACAGUUCGCUCCUGGGAGACCCAACAGUUUUGUGAAUG